UUAUAUUUGAUGAAACUCAAAAUGCUAUUGAAGUAUACAAAGAUAAGUUUUAUUCAUCAGAUCAUAACACUAGAAGACCAUUGUAUACAAUUUUACUUUGUUCAAUUGAAUGGCUUUAUAUGAAUAAUGUUGGUGUCAUCAUGUCUGGGACAGGAUUAAAAGUGGAAACCAUUGAGAAGAGUUCAGGUAGCUUUGUUGCUAAACCAGGUGGACUUCUUACUACUGAAGAUUUUUUUGGUGUUAUUGGUGGAUUUAAGAGUAUAAAUGAAAUGCAUGACUUUAUCCAAAAUUUCUUACCCUUAUCAAAAGAACAAUUGGAAAAAAUUUUUAUCAUUAUGCAAGGCCAAUAUCAUUUUACUAUUAAGCUUCUGGAAGUUAUAUUAAAAAAUGAAGAACAUUGCACAAUUGAUGAUGGAAUAGAAAGAUG